AUGGCUCGUUCACUCGCUCUCCUCGCCUUUGCUGGCGCUGCCAUGGCUGCCCAGACCACCACCGUGUCUCUUCUGCUGCCCUUUGCCGACCCUCAACCCUUGGUCGGCUCAGUCAUUGGUGUUGACAGCACGGCUACGACCUAUGCCUACGGAUGUGCUCCUGGAACUUCUGAAGACGAUUGCGGUUUUCCCAGCAGCGAGACUGUUACUCAGGGUCCAUCCACCUGGGCCUUUUCUAUGUCUUACUCUGCUGAAGGCAACUCAGUUUCCGAGGGUGGUACCUGCGUUCUCAACACUGCCAAGGACGCCGCUUCAUGCAGCAUGGCUUUCGCCCAAGUGACGGGCGGCAGCAUCUCUGCUACCGGCAGCAGUGGAGUUGAGGCCUUCCUCACUUUCCAGCUUCCUGUCACCAUCACCGCCGGUCUCGAAAAGCUCAAGGCCACUCCCGGCGCCUCGGCCACCGAUAGCUCAACCCCUGCCCCUACCAACACCGGCGCCUCCCAGGCUGCUCCUACAGGCUCUACAUCUACGACUCUCGCCAGGCAGACAUCCGCUGCAAGCACUGGUAACAGCACUCGUACCGCUUCUUCUACGGCCGGUCCCUCAAGCACCAAUGCUGCAGGCAUUGUAAACGCCCAGAACGGUGUGCUGGCUGGUGUUGCUGCCCUUGUUGGCGGUGUCAUGAUGUUGUAA